AGCUCGUUAGAAAAAAAAUUACACGAUUGAAAAAAAAGAAUUGUGGCUUGAAGAAAUACCAAAAAUUACAAACUUUACAACUUUCUGUAGAUUUAUCUCUCGUUCUACACUCAUAUUAUCAUAUGCUUCAAUGAAUGACACGAACCGUUAUGAAAUCUUUGAUUUAAUCUUUUUUCAGUCACGUGACCUUAGAUUAAAAACAAAAAUGGCGGAAGUUGGUUGGUGAAUUUCUUGGGUAAAUAUUCGACGAAUUUGCUUAUUGGUCACAAUGAGUUUUCCAGAUUACAGUCAGAAAGUGGAAGAUCACCAGAACCUCUUAGUUCUUGUUAAACAUAUUGGGACACAAUUAAAAUCACGAUCAUUCAAUAAAGUCUAUGAGCGCAUCUCUAGAGUACAACAUGUCAGAAUUCAAGAACAAGCUCGAAACAUAUGGCUACGUUAUAAGAAAGCAUACCCACCAGAUAACAAUGAUUGGGGGGAUUUUCAAGCCCAUAGGAAAGUUCUAGGCUUGAUUUGUGUUGGCUAUUGUACUUCUGAAUCUGAACUUGAAUAUUUGUACACAAUGUAUGAUAGAACUCAGAAGCAGUAUGAAUCUACAUUGUUUGACCAUCGUCUCAUGGUAUUUGGUCUUGGAAAAGAUGGAAAAGCUCUACCCAAGAAUGAAAACGAGAAUUUAGAAGUUAAACCAAGGUCUUUAUCAACAGUCAGCAACAGCAGUGGCAAUAUAUCUACUGAAACCAAUGACAAUGGUUUUCAAAAAACUACUGAAAAUGUUAAAACAAGUUAUUCAGAUAGUGAUAUUAUCAAUGAAAACUCAAACUUUACAACUGAUGACAAGAAUGAUAAAAAACAGGUGUCUAGUGAUCGUUUGGAAGUGACUUCUCAUCCACUCAGUCAAUUAGGAAAAUCUGAUUCAUCUGAUGACCUUGACACUUUGGAAAAUCAAGAUGACCCUGAUCAAGGUCAAGGAGACUCAGGGUCAGGUGAUAGGUCAAGGAGCUCAACAGGGUCAUCAAGUGGAAGUGGUAGCAUCAAUUCAAAAACACAAGUUUGGUUCUAUGCACAUGUAGAUGACUGCUCUGAUAUUGAAGCCAAAAUACGAGAUUUUGCAUCUUCCUUAUUCUGGGUGCUUGAAAGCAAAAGGCUUGAUCGAUCUGCUGAGAAGUUGGAGAGAAUGCCACUACUUGCAGCACCUUAUGAGAGAAGGGAGUUUGUUGGUAUUGAUACAGAAAGCAGGUCCUACAGGAAGAAAUGCCAAGGGCGUUUAAGGAAGUACCUCGGUGACCUAUGUCUCCUGGCAGGGCUCCCAGCUGAGGCUGUUCUUCACUAUCAGACAUGUCUAGACUCUCUGCGCUCUGUCAAUGACUCCCUCUGGCUUGCAGCUGCAUAUGAAGGUCUUUGUGCAGCCUCUGUUAUUGUGAACUACCCCAGAACAGAACGUCCAACAUCCUUUUCCCGCAAUUUGUCUUUCUCAACCAGACGUGGUAUAUCAGCAAUGCAAAAAGCAACAUUUUCACCAGGUUCAAUAAGAGCUAGAAGUUCCAACCCACUCCAGUCCCAAAAUGGUUUGGACAGCUUCAAUGCUAAAACCAAGAACUGUCUCAUGCCUGAUGAUAUCAUAGACAAAUACAAAGAGGCCAUUGUCCACUACAGUAAGAUCAAGCAAGCUGGUAUUAUUGAGAUGGAGGCCAGUAUAAAAGCUUGCAGGGUGCUCAUCUUACAGUUGAAAUAUCUAGAAGCAUCUGAUUUCCUUCAGAAUGUUGUUUACAUCAACAUCCAACAGUCAGAUGAGGAAAAGAUUCAGAGAUACAGUACUCUCUCAUCCCUCUACAGCCAAAUAGGAUUUCAACGCAAGGCAGCUUUUUUCCGGCGUGUCGCAGCCAUGCAAUGUGUGGCGCCAUCUAAUCCCAAACCUGCCUGGCUCCAGUGUUAUAAUCUACUUCUUCAGGCACUUAAUGGUUACAAAAUCUCACUUGACCCCAGUGAAUUUCCCAGAGCAUACCCAAGUGGCUGGCCUGUUAUACAGCUCCGUGUUCUACAUGAACUAGUCUACUCUGCACGUAGGAUGGGAAACCCUGCUAUUGCAAUAAGACAUAUCACCCACCUUCUCCAUGGCAUGUUUGACUCCCUAACUGAACAAGAUAAGAAGGAAAUCACAAGCAUCUUAGAGUCAUAUACAGCCAAAUGUGAAGGUUCUGCUCAACCCCUUGCCUUAGAUAAUGGAACAAUUCUACCAGCCAUUCCACUCACAAAGUUCCCCCUUGUCAAACAUUUUGAAGUGAUGCCAUUAGCCCCACACAUGAGACCAGUGAAGCUGAAACAAUCAGCCAGUAUAAAUAAACUUGGAGAUAACCCUUUCAUAUUUUCACCGAUCAACUUUUCUACGCAAUCAUCCCAACAUGAAGAUCUGUCCUCAAAAGAAGACUUAGACUUCCAGUGGGUGGAAGGGGAUGUCUGUGAGGUUUGUCUACAGGUCUACAACCCAAUGCCAACUGAGCUGAAAGUCACCAGCUUGGGUUUAAUGACUGAUGUAGUAGCAUUUGAAUGUUUUCCUGCCAGCAUGACCUUACCCCCUGAGAGUGGUCCCUACCCUGUGAAAAUACUAGGGACACCUAGAGAGAAUGGAGAGUUAAAACUUGUUGGCUACACCACACAUGUGUUUGGUGUGAAAAGUAACUGCCGACUCAGAAGUCUUUCACAUCUUAAAUAUCCCUAUUACAACAUCAACAUCAUUCCACCUCUCCCUCGUGUACAAGUCAUGUCAUCUCUACCAAAGUCUGGUAGUUUCAGUAGUUGUAGGGGAUCAGCCAAUAUAGUAUCAAGUACAAGUGUUGUACUGUAUAUGGGAGAGAGUAAAGAGUGCCAAAUCACAUUGAAGAAUGUUGGGAAUGAGACAGUGGAGAGUGUGGACUUACAUUUAGAAUCAUCUUGCAGUAAAGAUAGUUUAGAUAAGGUGCUAGUAUGGAACCAUGAGAAUUUGCAGUCACAAUUGCCCAUAGAGAAAGAUAACCAAGCAGCAUUCACUGUGUACAUGCAUGGUCUGCAUAAUAUGCAUGUUGACAUUGGGCAGAAACAAUUUAUACAAAACCAACCUGUAGUAUCACAUAAUAAUGCAGCAGACCAGAACAAAACUAUGAACUAUGAAGGUCUGCUACAGUUCAAAUACAGUGGGGGAGAGGGGAUGGUAGAAGGCUACUGCAGGCAGUGUGCCGUCUCUAUCAACAUUGAGAUCAAGCCAUGUCUUAUUGUAAAGGAAUGCCAUGUCACACCACACAGUUCCAGGCGAUGUAACCUGUUUGUCUCCCUUACGAAUGCUACCAGUGAGGAAGUGAUUAUCUUCUAUGACAUGAAGAGUAUAGUGUUACAAAGCGGACAAACAGGAAGGUUGAGCCUGCUGAUAGAGAGGUGUAUGUUAGUGCAAUUCAAUGACAGUUCAGGGUCGCCCAUACAUAGUGACAUGCACACUUCCUCAACAUCUGGUCUAUCUGUACAGUCUGCCAUCUCUUUAGCUCAUUCGAAUGUAGCAUCACAGUUUAACACUUCUGUUUCACAGCAAAUAGCAGAACUAGUCAAUAUUAGGUGGCUUAUUUCAUGCAAUAAUACUAGUGGGGUGCUGCACUUGGACCAUCUUGAGUGGACCCAGGAUCAGAUCUCCCUCAUACAACUACCACCUGUUCAAUGGGAUGUGAGAGUGAAUGGUACACCCCAUGAAGAAGGUGUGAGACAUCAGUUCACUGUAGGUGACCUAGUUAACAUUGAAGUCGACCUCAUCAACUCAGCAGAUUGCUCAAUACAGGAGUGUGUUGUAUGCCUAAAGUGCCUACAAGACUGUCAGAUGGAGGGAAAGGAUGCCAGUUGUAGUGGCAUUAUCCCUGGUGGCUCCCCUUCACAUUUCUUCAAACAGAUUGAAGGAAACUCCACUGUGAACCACGCUUGUUCAUUUAUCCUCUGUGAGGCAGGUUACUUCAAAAUGGCCGCCACCUGUAGCGGUUACCUCGGCAACAGUGCAAUUAAAGACACAUGGACAAUGGAGCCCUCUAUUGAGGUCAAAGUGAAAGCCUGUGAUAUAUGAAUAACAAUACUGAAGAAUCAGGCAUAAUGCUUAAUUUAUUUGAGUUGCAAUAUUCCAAAAAAGAUUACAUCAUGAACUGUCAAAAUUGAUAUUAAGGGAUUCAAUGUGCCCUGGUAGGUAAGUGCAGUAGAGUAAGGGACUUAGGUAAUGUUUCAAAGUUCAUUGUUGACUGUUGACUAACAUCAUUGUAAAAGCUAUCAAAUGUUAAAACUAUUUUAUUUUAAUUAAUAAUGAUGACAUGUGCAAAUAAAGGUUGUUGAUAGAAAAGUAUGGAUAUUCUUUCAAGCUUCAAAAAUUAUUUAUUAGUCUUGAAUCGA